UAUGAGUAAGUAGGUCAUGCCAUGGAUUUGUUGUGGGAUGAUCGAAAUAUUGCUGAUGGCCUGUAGCCUGUAGUCUGUCGUGAAAUGUUGGAAGGUUUUUCUUUAUGUAAAGGAACAUGAGAGUUGAAAAUAUUAAUUUGUUCACUAUAUUUUUUAUGGUGUAUCCAUCGUGCUAUAGUUUUUACAACUUUGAACAUGACUGGGAUCCUUUCCAUAGCAAAUACUCCCAUUUUAGUGAGAAGGAACGAUUACAGAUGGUGGAAGAGUCGAGGAACAUGUUUCGGUUUGGCUAUGACAGUUACAUGAAACAUGCAUUUCCAGAGGAUGAGUUGGAUCCUAUUCAUUGCCGAGGAAGAGGCGCUGAUCACGACCAUCCGGAUAAUAUAAACAUCAAUGAUGUCCUUGGAGAUUAUGUCCUGACCUUAGUAGAGUCAUUGGACACUCUGGCAAUCAUGGGUAACAGCUCUGAGUUUAAGAGAGCAGUGCAGCUGGCCAUAGAGCAUGUGUCUUUUAACAAGAACACCACAGUGCAAGUGUUUGAGGCUACUAUCAGAAUGGUAGGCUCAUUGCUGUCUGCCCAUCUGAUCAUUGUGGACCCGCGACAACCUCUGGGUGACAUGCGGGUACCUGGCUAUGAGAAUGAAUUGCUUGACCUUGCUCACGACCUGGCUACCAGACUUCUGCCUGCCUUCAGCAAUACAAGAACGGGCAUCCCAUACCCAAGAGUCUCUUUGAGGGACGGAGUACCAGAAAAUUGUAUCAAUGAGACGUGCACCUCAGGGGCGGGAACUCUGAUACUGGAGUUUGGCAUCCUGUCACGUCUGUUGAAUGACCCAGUUUAUGAGGGUUUAGCACGCCGAGCGGUGACAAAUCUAUGGCAGUUGAGGUCAAAUGUCACAGGGUUAUUAGGCAAUGUGAUCAACAUCCAGACUGGCGAGUGGGUCGGCCCCAUGAGUGGGCUUGGAGCAGGCAUUGAUUCCUUCUUUGAAUAUUUAUUGAAGGCGUACAUUCUGUUUGGGGACAAAAAUGACUUGAAAAUGUUCAAUGAAUCGUAUGAGACGAUCAAAUUUCACAUGAGAAGAGGGAGAACCAAAUGUAACACUGGCACUGGCAACACCCCUCUGUAUGUGAAUGUCAACAUGAAGACCGGUGAGACGGUCAACACCUGGAUUGAUGCACUACAGGCUGCAUGGUCAGCAGUGCAGGUGUUGAAUGGUGAUAUUGAGGAAGCUAUAUGCUCACACGCUUUGUAUUAUGCUAUCUGGCAACGCUAUGAGGCUUUGCCAGAGAGGUACAACUGGCAACUGAAGGCCCCUGAUAUCAGGUUUUACCCAUUACGGCCAGAACUGAUUGAGUCUACAUACUUUCUGUACCAAGCUACCAAAAAUCCGUUCUACCUUCAUGUUGGCAGGGACAUUCUCAACAGCAUCAAUGAACAUACCAAAGAAAGGUGUGGUUUCUGCACCAUUCAUGAUGUGCACACCAAGGAGUUGGAGGAUAGAAUGGAGAGCUUCUUCCUGAGCGAGACUUGCAAGUAUCUCUAUCUGUUAUUUGACGUUGAUAACCCGGUGAAUCGAGAGUUUUCUCGUUACCUCUUUUCCACCGAGGGGCACAUCUUUCCCCUGGACCAGAACUUUCAUCGGAAGCCAUGGGAGGAUGAGGAGGCCAAGUGGAGGUCGGAGGCUGAGGUGUUGGCAGCAGCGGCUGCGGAGCAGAUGUCGGAGCCAGGGAAACUGGAAGGUCCAGGCUUCAGCGCCAACAGUAGGCCUGUUCUCACUGAUGCUCGGAUGAAUUCAUCAAAUUGCCAUUCCCUGUCUCCUGAACGCCGCUACAAUCUUCCAAUCUUGAGCCCAUAUCUCACCCAGAUGGAAGUGGCAGUAGGUCUCAGAGAUGGGAGCUCCUAACUCAGGAUCGGGAAAGUCGCAAACACGAUGACUUGUAUUUAGAACGGGAUGGGGGGACUGAUUUUUGUGAGGCACGCGGAAGGUUGUGAUGACAACGUCAACUAAUGCAUCCUCUACCUCAAAAGAUGAGUGCGGACUACAGUGCCAAACCAUAUGUUGUGACAUAUUCAACCGAAAAAGUGCUGAGUUAAAGAGAUAUCUAAUUUAUGUUUGUAUGCCAUCUUCUAUUGGCUUUUUUUUAGUUGAAUGUGUCAUGAUUAGAUGGUUAGUGUUGUAGUGUGAUUCUUUGCCAUAGUAAGUUAAACAUGCGUGAUGUUUACUUUGUGCCUCGGUUUGAUGAUGCACGGCCAUCUGCGCAGAUCCUCUACGUAAAAAUCCUCUGUGAUACUUGUAUGUUGAAAUGUUUGUUGAUGAGGCAAGGAUAAGGGGUUUUUUGAGUUUGGGAAUGUGAGAUUGUAUAAAACUGUAGUAUGUUCUGAUUUCUGAUAACUAGUCUGCUUAAUUUUUUUUUUCAAGAUGUAGAUCUUGUGUAAAACUGCAGAAUUCCAUCUUGUAUUUUGCUUGCCUGUUUGUUCACACAAGUUGAGCAUAAAGGACAUUUUUUUUUCUGUCUGAGUGCUGUAAUUUGUUGGUUUGCUGAUGCUCUAAUGUGGUCUGUUCUCCUCUUACUUUCAAUGUUUUUGUUGCCCUAAUCUAUUCCACUCAGAGUAAGCUUGUCAUCACACUGACUGGCCAUGAAACUCGAAUACUAAGGAGGAUGGGCUACAGUUGAGAACUUUGGGAGGGGGGGAGGAGUAUUUGCCCAAGAAGGGUGAUUGUGGACCUGGAAUACUCAACCUUUUAUGGUCAAAGGCCACACGUGAUACUUUUAGAUUUUGAGGGUCCAUUUUACUCAUGUUGAGAGUAGUUUUGUGGGUUUAAAAGUUUGAGGUUUAUUUUUGUUUGUUUUUGGUAUCAGCUUAGGUCUACACUUUGCAGGACACUAUUUGGUAAUUUUAAAGGUGAGACUUUUGGUGAACAUUGAGUUUGUGGCAAACAGCCUUGUCAAGGGAUAUAAAAAAGAAAAAAUUUGGCAGCUGUGCUCAUUUUUUACAACAUGGUAGAGUUUUAGCUUUUUUUAUCUUACUUUGAGGACCAGUUGAAAAUCAUGUGGCUCACUACUUUUGGCCUUUUAAGCUGUGUGUUGAACACCCUUGUCGUAGACAUACAUAAUGCAUAUUUGAUUACGUGAAGUCUACCCAUGUAUUCAUUGUCUGACCAUGCGUGUUACAAAUGGGUUUGGUUAUUUUCAUUGUGCAUGGUAGUGUUUUCAAUUUUUUGCAUCUCGUUUCUCUGGUUUUGACAUGUAGACAAAAAUGUUUGCUAGCUAAUAUCAAAUCAGGUAAAUAAUGCAGGUCAUUUCAUCACAAUGAAAGAAAUAUGAGAAAUUCACAUUUUUUUUCUUCCUGUCUCAUAUUCUGAGUGUCCAUGAAUUAUAUUUCUCUGAAGUGCCUUACCUGUUGUAUAUACAGGCAAUUUGUAAAUGUCAACGCAGCAAAUGUUUUGUUUUCUUGCAAUAAUUACUCACCCGAUGUUGUCCAACGCUUCUCUUCCACAUCACUAUGACUUUUGCCUGUACACUCCUUGAUGUUUCCAAGACAGCAUAUCCCUGGUCUUCCUUCCUAUUGCUCUCUUACUUGCCACUGAUUGCACUUGUCUCUCAAAUUAGAUGAUCUCUAGUUAGUGGCGAACAGCUAAACAUGUUUACAGUUAACUGUGAUCCCCUGAGUCUAGAACCCCCCCCCCCCCCCCUCCAUGGAGUUACUUCUCAACCUCUGGACAAAUCUUUUUAGCUUUCUUAUCUUUCAUCCUCUUUUCUUUGUUACAGUUUUUCUAUCAAGUCUAUUUUGGUGUCGACUUUCUCGGAAUCACUCUACUUUUGUGAAAUUUGUUCUGUUUGUAUUUUCCUCCAACUAAAGUUUGAUCUCACUCUCAGCUGUAUAUCAACGAACACUUGCAAGAGUUAUUUUAUUUUAAUUGAAUGUUUGUCAUGUUCACAGUUUUUCUUGCCGGUAAACAUUGUUGUCUGUUCUUUUGCUGUGUUUUUUUCCCCAAUAGCCAAAGAAUGAAGGUCCUAGAUAAAAUGAAAAGAAGAACUUUGUAUUAUUUUAUACCUUGCAGGGCUUAAAUAGGUCAUUUCUAUUUUGGCAACUGCUGCUGAUACUGUCUGUUUCUUUGACUGUCUUGUUAAUGGCGUUUCAGGAGGUUAUGUUCUUGUGACUCAAUAGUCAUGGUCAAGGAGAGAAAAUAUUUCCAGUUUACGUUGACUCUCAUGCACUUAUAUGGGGAUUAAAAAUGUGUUGGACUGGGAAGGAUAAAAAUGCUGUUAUAUAGAUGUAUGUAGGAGAAGCCUUGAAAAAAAUAAAAUUAUUUUCUUUUGAUGAGUUCAUAUUUUAGGCAUACUAGAGCUGAAGCAGAAUAAUCAUUGAGUUGGGAAGCUUUAAUCACUAAAAGGCUUGAGUUCUCGAGUCAUUCAGCUGUUUUUUGGCUUCUGGAAGUUUAUAGCCCGGUGACUGCUUGUGUAAUGUUUCUGCCUUUCACGGCUGCAUAUGAAAGACACAUGUUUGAUUCCAGUACAGGGAAGUCUAUUUGAAAGAGUAUCUCUGUCUUUCUGAUUGGAUGUUGUGGAAUAAAACAUACAAUUAGCAAAGAGAUUUAUUAAUAGAAGUGAAGCUACAACUUAUUAGGCCUGUGAAGUCUUUCAUGUGUUAUUGUAUACCACUGCACAUUUUCCAGGGUAGUUUUCAAAUGUGCUUGGGUUAAUGUGUCCUGUCUAAGAAGGAAUUAUGAAUCUAUGUAUUUAUUAAUUAAUGAGACUGCUUGAAUUUGAAUCAGCAACUGUAUAGCGUGUGUGUGUGUGUGUGUGUGUAUUAUGGCACCUCUGGAAACCUGCAAUCAGUCACGUUUCUGACAAAAUCAGGUUUUGAAAUCAAACUAAAGGGAGGGCCGCAGCUCACCUACUGUAAAAGUUUGAGAAUUCAACUCACAAUAGAACGUGAGAUAUGGCAUUAAGAAAUCUGGUUGUAUUGUAAGAAUGUGAUUUCUAAAAAUGCACCAGAAUACUGAUAUACGUUAAGAUACCACAGUUUUCCAUUAUGUUUUAGCAAAGGAAAUGUUGUCGUUACUAGAGUUUCUGCUCUUUACAAUCUUUCAGGAUUUCUAUUUUGUAUGUUCAAUAUGGAAUGGUACUUUCAAAGUGAAUUCUGGUCAUAACUUAACUCUUUGAACCCCAUUGGACGCUGGGAGCAUCCAGUACUAGCGACAACUGUUUCAUUUUAUUUACUGCUAGUUUUUGCUUGUUUGUCGGAAAUAUUUGCGAACCAAGUUUUUUUUGUAAUGAAUAAGCCUUUGUUUACGCAAUUUAGAAGUUGGAGGCAAGCUUUUGGGGUUAUAAUGAGACAUAGUGCAGCAGGUUUAGGUGAGUGUAGAAAAAAAACCUCUGGGGAAACAGUGGAAAAAAUCAGGGCUUAAAGAGUUAAGAUAAUGCAGUAUUCCUUUGAAAAAAAAUGUCACGUCUUGUUCAGUAUUUCAAAAUUAAGCUUUUGUAACUCGACAUACAACACUUUUUUUCUUGUGGGAUCGUUAAAACUGCAAAAAAAAUGUCAUCAAUUUGGCAAAGUACCCGGUAAAAAAAAAUCUGAUCCCUGUGUAUGGCAGCAGCAAGCAGAUGUGCAUCCUGCGCAGUGACUCUUUGGCUUUUCUAUCAUGGCUAUGAAAGGAUUUAAAGUUUUUUUCUCUUUCCCGAACAGUUGCUAUUUUUGAGCUAUGACAGUUUACAGUAUGGGUUUCGGUGUUUAUAGAUGUACAUGUAUGCACAUUGAUGUGCGUUUGUAUGUUCCUAUAUGUGUAUGGAUGUGUGUGUAUGUUUAUGUAUGUGUAUGUGUGUUUGUUUGCAUAUGUGAGUUUGUUUAUUUAUGUAUUGUGUAUGCAUUAUUUUAUGAUUUAAUACAACUUUGUUGCCCCAAUGAACUAAUGCUUUGUCAGCUUCAGAGAACAGUAAUAGGUAGUGGGACAAAAACUGUAUCUGCUGUGCUUGCUAGAUUUUGUGGCAACCUCAGGGGUGGCUAGUAUAAUUAUUUGGAAAGCUUAUAUCACAUACUUUUCAUUUCUAAAGACUUAUACCUUGAACACAUGGAUAUUAUUGAGUAAAAGACCAUUGAAAUAUAUAUGUUAAGUAUCAGUGGGAAAACUAACAAGGGAAACAACUGAUAUAAAGAAAAAAAUCGGCUAAGGGACAUAAUCAAUUCACGAAGGGAAAUAACUCAUAAGUGAAUGAUGCACUUGAGAUCAAUGUUACCUUCCAUUUUUCCGCCAUCUUUGUUUACAUAGAUUAUAAUGCAGCGAUUGGCUGUUGAUACAAGAAGAAAACAUUCGUUGUUAAUAACUUUCACAUUACUCGCUUUAUAAUAAUUAUUAUAUCCCAAAUUUUUAAGUCGAAAUUUGCGAGAAUGUCGACUUGUUGUAGGUAUAAGUCUGCAGAAAUGUAUCUUUCAUGUAAAGCUUUAUCAAUUUAUACCAUCAGACAAUCGCCACCCUCGAGGCUGCCACGCUGGUACAUGAUAGUUUUUGUCCCUCUGCCUGUAAACAGAUAUAAGUGUUUAUCUGAGGAUGUCUUUUUUUCUCAAAGAAUAUUGCAUGUGACUGGCAUUCAGGGAAGCCACUUUUCCAAAAUUUUCAGGUGUCACAGAAAUAUGGAAUAAUUCAAACUGUUUUAGUUAUGUGACAAAGGUAGAUAUCACAAUAUGUGAAUGUUCUGUCAACUUUUCUUUAUUUUUUUUCUUACCAUUAACAUGUUCUAGAAUCUUCCUUCGUCUACAUCGCAGUACCACCAUAACAGGCAUAAAGCUUUGUGCUUGUCUGUCGAGCAGAGAGCAAUCAGUGUAGUGCUAUUAAAGAUAAAUGGUGGCAACUAAAGGGCUUUGUAACAAAGUGUUCUGCUAGUUUCUAUUGGCAGAUCAGAAAAAUUUGUUACAGCUUGAGUUUUUCUGCUCACUUUUGAAGCUGCAAUCUAGCAGAAAGAUUCUUUUUCCACAACACACAGUGGUCCAGAAUAGCAAUAAUGUGGAACAUUUUACUUUGACCCAAGUUAUGCACUCUGUGGUAAACACGAACCCCUCCCCCCCAAAAAACCCAUUAACUUUCUUUGUACUGUUUUUGGAGAUGCAAUAUAAUGUAAAUAUUUCUUUUUAAAUUUUAAUGCAUUUGGUUGCAGUUCUCUUCAAGAUUUUUACUUAACAGGGACCUGUUCUGUCAAACAAGAAUAGCCUCAGGAGUCGGGUGCAGUCUUAGUUUUAGGGUAUCAUUUUCAACAUGGUCUGACAUUGACGACAAAGUGUGCACUUUGGAUACCUCAAAAGGGAAAGGGUUUUUUUUGUUAUCAAAAGCUGAUAUCAGAAUAUCAAUUUUUUAGAAAGUAAGUGUGUCCUACAACACAAUUUAACCAGAAAGUGAUCCAAAGCAGAAUGGCUGUUUGACCUGUAGUUCAGAUCACUCAAAGCUUUUCAUAUCAUUUGGAUUUGGCUUGCUGUAAUGUGUCCUUUUAUCCUUUUUUAGUUGGUACUGAUUUUUCAUGUUUUAAGGGGAGAUCUGAAGUAGACCUAAGUCAAAAAUCACUUUUGCCGUCUGUGUGAAUGUUGUCUUGAUCAUCUUCAUCACCUCAGACUUAACCAUCAGAGGGACAGGCAGCUUCAGUGUUGUGUAUUUGUAACUUUAAUUUGACCUGUUUGUUUGGUAAGAGUUUUACCGUGCUCACAACUAUAUAAGUUGAUAUGUUUGAAGGACUAUGGCAACACAUUUGCCCAUUAUUAUUCUACAAAUUUCUUGGUUAACGAGUUUGAGAAAAGGCGUUUCAAAGCCCCUGUACAUUACCUUUAAGACAAGCCUGUCUUUCUAAACUUUACAGAGUUUUAAUUUUUGCAUUUUACAUACCUGUAAUCCGCACUUUUUGCCUUGUUUAUACUUAUUCCUUUUUCCUUUUGAACAUUAAUUUGAGAGCUGUAUUGUGCUUCAACUUCAUGUUAAUGAACUUUUUCCAAAAGGGUUUCCUUGACUCAGUUUGAAAAUUCAUACUUCAAACUUGUAUGUUCCCUGAAGCUGAUAGUCUCAAGAAAUCUGUUCUUUUAAUUUGAAUUAAGAAGAUUUUAUAUUUUCUAAUGUUGUUUUGAUGGGAUCUAAUGGGAUGAGAUGUUAUGUGUAUUACUAUUGUUUUUAUUCUAAUUCUAAAUAUAGAGUGAAUAACUGUAAUCAUUUGGAGAAGUGAAAAUAAAUUACAUUGACCACAUUCUCUGUUGCCUGAAGCUCCAUUGCCAGGAUCUAUGCAACAUUAUUGUCUUAACUGGAGCAACACUGUACCUGUGCUUAUACUUAUGUAUUUCAUCAUCAUUCAUCAUGUACAUGUAGUGAAAAGAAAUUGUCCGAGAAAGUACCUAUCAGUGAAUGCAUAAGCGAAAUGUAGAUGAAUGAGAGUAUUGUAGAACAGUUAUCAGUUGAAUUGUUGAUGGGUGAAAUAAAGAUAGCAGAGUGGAAUAAUUUUCAGAAGAAUUUUCAAUGAGAGAAUGCUAAAAGAAAUGUGGAUGAGAGCAGUAGAUAGAAAAAAGAAAGUAUGCAUGUCUAUCAUCAAAUCAUAAUUGGCAAAUGUAUGUAGAUUAUUGACAUCACCUGCAAUGUGAAAAAUCAUGCACCAGAAGACUUCCAUCUCAAGCAAUGUUCCCAGAACAGCAUUGAUUCAGUCAAUAAAGAUCUUUGUUGCUUCUGUC